AUGGGCUGGACCGACACUGCAGCUGCUGCUGCUCCUGGGAGCUUUGUAGCUGUAGCUGCUGCCGCAGGCUGGGCUGACACUGCAACUGCUGCUGCUGCUGGCUGGGUGGCUGGCUGGCAGGACACUAGCAGGAACGCUGCGCCUGCUGCUGCUGCCACAGGCAAGACCGACACUGCAGCUGGUCUGCUACUGCUGGCUGGCUGGAUGGCAGGAAUGAUGCAGCUGCUGCUGCCACCGUGGGCAGGACCAAAACUGCCGCUGCUGCUGCUGCUGCUGGCUGACUGGCUGGCUAGACCGGCACUGACGCUGCUGCUGCUGCUGGCUGGCUGGCUGGUUGCCUGGCUGGCAGGAACGCUGGCAGGAACGGUGCUGCUGCUGCUGCUGCUGUGGGCUGUACCAACACUACCACAGCUGCUGCUGCUGGCUGGCUGGCUGCCAGGAAUGCUGCAGCUGCUGAUGCUGCCACAGGCUCGAACGACACUGCCACUGCUGCAGCUGCUGGCUGGCUGGCUGGCUGGCUGGCAGGAACGCUGGCAGGAACGCUGCAGCUGCUGCUGCUGA